AUGCAGCUUUACACAUCAGGAUUCAAUGCCUGGGAUCAGCUGAACUUUGGAAAAGGUGAACAGAAAUCCGAAGAGCAGCCAAGCGACUAUCGCGACUUUGUGGAGGUAUUCGCCGACGACCGUAUCGACAAGGUAUGGGCUUCCCUUACUGCUGUCCGAGUCGAGUCUAGCAAUGGCACUCAUGUCGCUGGAUGUCUGGAAGAUUGGUGCGAUACACAAAGUGAUAUCUUCAGUCCUACAGUCGCUGUUACUGGCGCCUAUUGGCUAGCGGCCUACGGUAGAAACACCAAGACAGUGCAUCAGUAUCAAAGUCCAAACCACUACUUGGAGGGACAAAUUCACGACAUUUUCCAUGAUUUGGGCAACAUUAUCCAAAUUACGAGCUACGAAACCGGGUUUGUAGCGCUCAGCGACGAGGGCAAGGUAUGGAGCUGGGGCGACGGGCGAUUUUCCGCAUGCUUGGGCAGGGAAGUUACAGACGAAUUUCCAGCAAAUGCACCAGGUCUGGUGACGGAUUUAGUUGAGCUGCCAACUGGAAAGAUUACAAAAAUUGCUGCCGGAGGUUACCUUGUUAUGGCGUUAACAGAGGGCAAUGACUUGUAUGCAUGGGGAGGCCACCCUGGACUUCCCGCCAUGUUCGAUGGGCUGUCAGAGAGCCCAACACCCGUCGAUGUGGAUGACAGCGAUGUAGUGGACUUUUCCGUGGGCUCGAGUCAUGCUGCACUCUUGUCGAAAGAUGGGCAUCUCUUUGCAGUUGGUGAUAAUACGAAUGGCCAAUUGGGACUUCCCAGAAAAGAGAAGUUGCACUCCUGGACCAGGGUACCCAUUGCCCUAGGCCCAAGCAAGACCAUUAUCUCCGUCGUCUGUGGACCAAGAAACACAUUGUUUGUGGUGAAUAGCAAGAGUACUCAAGCAGCAUCAUGA